AUGGAUGAGUCUGGCAGGAACCCAGACUUGCCUGAGGGUUAUGGAGAAGGGGUCCCGCCUUGGCUCAUAGGUCAUGAUGGAGGAUAUGAGGCAGGGUCAGGUGUGAAACGCAGGUAUGCAGAGGUUGUUCCCCCGGGGUCACAUGACCCACGUAUCAAGCGAGCCAGGCAGGGAGUGGUGGGUUCAGUGCCCAGUGCUCUCGCAGAGAAGCUCGCACGCAUGAAGACCAAGCUUCAGAAGGUGGAGAAGAACCCACGGAAGAAAGAACACCGGCAGAACCACGAAGAACAACGGCAGGCAGAAGUGAAGCAGGGACAAGAAAAAGAUAAGCAGCAUGGGCAAGAAAAAGAUAAACAGCACGGACAAGAAAAAGAUAAACAGCAUGGACAAGAAAAAGAGAAAAAGCAUAAAAAGCAGGAAAAUAAUAAAGAACGAAAACAGGAAAAUGAACUAAAAACGAAAAAAAAUAAAUUAACGAAAAGACAUUUUUAUAUUAAAAAUCAUUGA